CCAACCCAUAAAGACACAAAUCUACUCUCCUCUUGUCAGUACUUUCUCGAGCAUUGGCCGUUCACCUCAAACCUGGAAGCUUGGAGAAGAGGAUUGUGCCGAGGUGUUCCAUUUACCAUAUAUAAGUCUCCAAGGGUCUGAUAAGGAACAAAUUUUACUAUGUACACUGCAGAUGAAUCAGAAGUCUUUUUUGGAGAAGUUUGUGAUCAAGUAUGAGCAAGCUCCUGAGCUGUUGAAGAUUUAUAAUCAGGCAUCCAUUCGGCGUGUCUCGGAAGACUCCCAAAGUGAUGAGUUAAUUUUGCUGCCAAGCAAGUCGAAACCUAGCUACUGGCUCGCUGAAAUUUGUGUGGGUGCAGCUCGAGAUAAGUACAUUGUCUUGGUGAAUCGCGGAGGAGAUUUGCAGCUGAACCUAGAACCACAUUGGAUCAUUCUCUGUGGUACAUGUUUGAUCCAUGAAUUUGUAGUUGCUGGAUGCGUAGCUACUUUUGUUGUAUCCAUGAAUUACUUUAAAUAGAUAAUCUGCUACUUGUGUUGUAUCCAUGUACGGCGCAUAUGCCUCUCUUCUUUGAGGGUUUAAAGCAAAUUGGUAACCUAUUUUGUAAUUGUUUCUGGACUUCGAUGCCAUCGAAGUUAUUUAUUUGUUUUUGCUUUCAA